AAAAGAAUUGAGGAGGCGCAACUCAAGAUAAUAAGAGAAGCAUUACACAUUUGCUAUAAAAAAGAUAGCAAGUUAGUUACUGAAUAUGCUAUAGAUAUCGGAAAUGGUAUCAAGGCUAACUUGGUAGCAGUAAAUGGGCGAACAGCAGUUCAGAUAAGAAAUCAAGCAUUAAAUGAAGCACUUGGCCAACUAGGAACUACAAUAGUCAAGUUGAGAGCUGUAGAAGGUCCAUGGGAUGAAAAUUGGCACAUAGCAGGUAGUUGGCCUACUAACAUUGCUGUUAAUAUACUAAAUGCUAAUAAUAGUACUACAGUCAUUGUAGCUGGCAUUCAUUUUG